AUGGAUCCCUCGUUUUGGUCGUUAGAGACUAACAGAUUUCGACGAUUCACCCCUGAGUCCUUGGCAGCAAUCGAGGAAAGGAUUGCCAACAAAAAAAAAGAGCAAGUCAAAGUUAAAAGGAAGAAAAAGGACCAAGAAGUUGAAAAAGAUAAACUUACUCCUCAGCUUGACCUGAAAAUCUGCAAAAAAUUGCCAUCUCUGUAUGGCGACAUUCCAGCAGAGCUGGUUGGGGAACCCCUGGAGGAUUUUGAUCCAUUCUACAAUGAUCACAAGACUUUUAUGGUGAUAAAUAAAAGGAGGACUAUUUUCCGGUUUUCUGCCACGCCUGCCUUGUUCAUAUUUGGUCCUUUUAAUCCAGUCAGAAAAACAGCAAUUAAAAUUCUGGUCCAUUCAUUUUUUCUUGGCAUUAUUACAUUUACUGUGUUUCUCAAUUGUAUAGCUAUGACUCUCCCUCUAUUUUUAGAAAGAACCUUGUUCUUUGAACAUGGUUUCACUGCCAUAUAUAGUAUUGAAAUAUUGAUUAAAAUAGUAGCAAGAGGAUUUGUUUGGGAUGAAUUUACUUUUCUUCGAGAUCCAUGGAACUGGUUGGAUUUUUUAAUUAUUAUUACAACGUACGCUACCAUGCUUAUGCCUUUUGGCAAUGUUUCAGUUCUUCGAACUUUCAGAGUACUGAGGACUUUGAAAGCUAUUUCAGUAAUACCAAGUCUGAAAGUCAUCGUAAAUUCACUUGUUGAGUCUGUUAAGAAGCUCGUGGAUGUGUUGAUCCUGACUGUAUUUUGCUUGAGUGUAUUUGCACUAAUAGGCCUCCAGCUUUUUAUGGGCAAUUUAAAAUCCAAAUGUGUCCUCAACAAUACUCUGCCCAAUGAUUCAUGUAAAGAUCCCAAGAUAUAUGUACCAAACGAUGAAGAUCCCUGCUAUAGAUUGGAAAACUCUCGUGAAAUAAUGCUCUGUGGGUACAGUGCAACACCCGAUAAUGAGUGUCCACCAAACUACACCUGUAAGAAGUUUGGGAACAAUCCUGACUUUGGUUAUACAAGUUUUGACCAUUUUGGCUGGGCCUUCCUCUCUGUGUUUCGUCUGAUGACCCAGGACUACUGGGAACGUCUCUACAGACAAACCAUCCGUACUUCUGGAGUGUCCUGCAUCUUUUUUUUUAUGGCAGUCAUCUUCUUCUGCUCAUUUUAUCUCUUCAAUCUGAUCUUGGCUGUGGUAACUAUGGCAUAUGAAGAGGAAAACAGAUGUACUCGUGCUGACACAAAGGCAAAGGAAAAACUGCUUCAGGAUGCCAAAGAGAUUAUAGAGAAGGAACAGAUGUUGGCUAUGGAAGAAGGCAGUAAGGCCUUGCAUGCUGGAUCUGAAAUGUCAGUUGCUGACUUGAAAAAUUCAGAAGGGAAAGAGAGUAAUAGAGAAACACCUACUUCAAGGCAAAACUUAAUUUUAGGUGACCAGGAAAAUGAGGAGCAAAUAUUUCAUUCACAGCCUGAUCGCUGCCACAAGAAGCUUAGGCAGAUCCUGCUGUCCUAUGAGGUGUCAAUGGAAGCUAUCAAUGAUCCUGUCCGAAGACAGAGGUUAAUGAGUGCAGCCACAAUUCUUACAGAUCACUCAAAGUCAAAAAUGAAUUGUCCUACAUUUUGGAGAAACUUCCCUCAAAAGUAUCUAAUUUGGAAUUGUUGUCCAUUCUGGAGAGCAGUCAAAGAGAAGAUGAAAUUGGUAAUUUUGAAUCCAUUUGUUGAUCUCCUAAUCAUGGUUUGCAUUAUUUUGAAUACCUUAUUCCUGGCUCUGGAGUACCCUGGCCCGAAAGGCACUGAACAAAAAUGGAUUACUGAAAGUGAAAAGGUCUUCACCAUAAUUUUUACUGUAGAAAUGAUCUUGAAAAUCAUUGCUCUAGAUCCUUACUACUAUUUCCAGAAAAAGUGGAAUGUUUUUGAUAGCUUGGUUGUUUUGAUUGGCAUAGCAAGCUUUGGAAAAAAUUUGUCACCUUUCAGGCUGAUCAGGAUCUUCAAAUUGGCAAAGUUUUGGCCAGCCUUAAAUACUCUUAUGAAAAUAAUUCUAAACUCAUUUGGUGUGCUGAGUAACCUCACUGUGGUUUUGGUGAUCACUGUAUUUAUUUUUGCUGUAGCAGGAAUGCAGAUUUUGGGCAGUGAUUAUAGAAAUAAUUGUGAUAAAAUAAGCCCCUGCAGUGUAACCUGCAAUUUACGCUGGCAUAUGAGAGAUUUUAGUCAUUCACUCCUGAUUAUAUUCCGAAUAUUGUGUGGAGAAUGGAUUGAAACUAUGUGGGAGUGCAUGGAAGUGGCUGGAAAAUGGAAAUGUCUCACCAUUUUCUUGCUUGUCCUGGUGCUAGGAAACCUGGUGGUGCUCAACCUGUUCAUUGCUUUGCUGCUGAGUUCCUUCAACACUGAUGGCUUAGAGGAGCCUGGAGAAGGGACCAAAUACCAGAUUGCCAUUGCACAGAUUCGCAAGAGCCUGAAGGCUGUGAAAGACAGAAUUUGGCAUCACUGCUGCAAAAGAAGGAGAGGAAGCCUCAGGAGAACAGAGAAAAAGACUUUGGCAGAAGUUUCUGGCAAAAGCCUAGAGGUUACUAAUUAUGCCAUGGUAGAUGUCAGAAAACAUAUAGACAACAGUCGCUUUGACAUAGAGCGUUGCCAUGUGGAAGAGAGUUCCUCACUAGCAAGGAAAUAUGAAGAAAUUUUGACCAGCCACAGUACCUGUGUUCCCAUUACAGCAGCAGAGCCUUGCACCAGUGAAGGUGAUGAUGGGCACAUUUUGCACACAGCUGUAGAAGACAGAAACCAGGGAGACAGAUUAAGACGCAGAGAACAGUGGAGGAAUUCAAACAGCUUCAAUCAGAGUUCUGGGACUUCUGAAACUGUAAAAGUUGACACAGUAACAUCCCCAAAGAAAGAGCAACUAGAGAAAAGUCAUACUGUUCGAAGCCUUUCUGAGGAUCCAGUUGUUCUUCUGGAGAUGUUUUCCCAGACUAAAAACUCACAGCUGCCUAAGGACUGCUUUGUAGAAUGUUGUGUUGGGUGUUUCCCAUGUUGUGUAGUGGAUAUCACAAAGUUUCCAGGCAGAACUUGGUGGAACUUAAGAAAAACCUGCUACAAAAUCGUUAACCACAGUGGGUUUGAAUAUUUUAUGAUUUUUACGAUUUUAUUGAGCAGCGCAGCACUGGCAUUUGAAGAUAUUCACCUGCAGAAUAGCCCAAAAGUGAAAAUUAUCCUAGAUUAUGCUAAUAAGAUAUUUAUCUACACCUCUUUUACGGAGAUGCUUCUGAAAUGGGUAGCUCUUGGUUUGCACAGUUAUUUCACAAAUUCUUGGUGUUUGCUUGACUUCAUCAUUGUGUGUGUAAGUAUUAUACUCAGCUUAUCAUACAUUUAAGUUUUUGACAUUUUCUAUCUAGAGAACUACCUCCUGAAAUUUUUCAAGACUUUAAGAGCACUGAGGCCCCUACGAGCUUUGUCAAGAUUUGAAGGGAUAAAGGUUGUUGUGAAUGCCCUCUUUGGAGCCAUCCCCUCAAUCUUCAACGUUCUGCUUGUCUGUGUUGUCUUUUGGCUCCUCUUUAAUGUUCUAGGAGUAAAAUGGCUUGGAAGCAGAUUUUGGAAAUGCUCACUUGAAGAUUGUCAUUUAAUUCAAAACAAAAAUGAUUGUAUUUUCUACAAUGGGACAUGGACAAAUAGUGCUGUAAAUUUUGACAAUACUAGCAUGGGAUACUUGGCUCUUCUCCAAGUGGCAACUUUUAAAGGUUGGAUGGAUAUUAUGUAUGCAGCAGUGGAUUCACGUGAGAUCGAUCAACAACCAAAGUUCGAAGCACGCCUUCAUAUGUAUGUGUUUUUUGUGGUUUUCAUUAUUUUUGGCUCUUUCUUCAUGCUGAACCUUUUCAUUGGAGUCGUUAUCAGCAAUUUUAACCAGCAAAGGAAAAAGAUAAGUGGAAAAGAUCUUUUUUUGACUGAAGAACAGAAAAAGUACUAUAAUGCCCUAAAAAAACUUGGAUCCAAGAAACCCCAAAAACCCAUCCCAAGAUCAUCGAACGCAUUCCUAGGAUUGCUGUUUGACAUGGUAUCUCACAAAGCUUUUGACAUCACUAUUGUGAUUUUCAUCUGUCUAAAUAUGAUCGUUAUGAUGGCAGAAAAUGAGCAGCCAAAAACCAAGGAUUUUGUUAAACAAAUCAACUAUUUUUUUGUGGCUGUAUUCACUGCAGAAUGUGCCAUAAAAAUACUAGCCUUACGGCACUACUACUUUGCAAGCGGCUGGAACAUGUUUGACUUCGUUGUUGUGGUCCUUUCAAUAGUGAGUAAGUAUCAAUCAUUAGUUUCUGGAGCAUUUCGAAACCCUACGAUUUUGAGAACUCUUCGUUUGGUGCGAAUUGGCCGAGUCCUGAGAAUUAUUCGCAAAGCCAAAGGAAUUCGAACUCUUCUUUUUGCAUUGCUGAUGUCUCUUCCUGCACUGGUCAACAUUGGUCUUUUGCUUUUCCUGAUUAUGUUCAUUUAUGCCAUCGUGGGCAUGGCAAACUUUGCCUAUCUCAGCAGGGUGGAUGGGAUUGAUGAGAUUUUCAACUUCCAAACAUUUCGUGGUAGCAUUCUCUGCCUCUUCCAAAUUACCACGUCAGCUGGCUGGGAUAGUUUUCUGGCCCCUGUUCUGAAAGCACCUCAUUCAUGUGCUCCAAAUGUAACAUGGACAGAGGAAAACAGUUGCAUAAAUAAGACCUUUGGUAUUUUUUAUUUUGUAAGCUAUAUCGUUAUAUCAUUUCUCAUUGUUGUAAAUAUGUACAUAGCUGUCAUUUUAGAGAAUUUCAGUAUUGCCACUGAGGAAAGCACAAAUCCUCUUUGUGAGGAUGACCUUGAUAUGUUUUAUGAGACAUGGGCAAAGUUUGACCCUCUGGCAACGCAGUUUAUAGAUUAUUCUGCUCUUUCAGACUUUGCACAUGCACUGGCAGACCCCUUGCGCAUCCCAAAGCCUAAUAAAAUGCAGCUCAUAUCCAUGGACAUCCCUAUAGUUAGUGGAGAUAAGAUCCACUGCUUGGAUAUCUUGCUGGCUUUCACUAAAAGGGUCUUGGGAGAACUUGGAGAUUUGGAGAGUCUCGAAUUAAACAUCGAAGAAAAGAUUGCAGCUGACAAUCCGUCUAGAAGUUGUUACAGCCCAAUUUCUUCUACCCUUAAAAGAAAACAAGAGGAAGUGUCAGCUGUUGUUAUUCAAAGGUAUUUCAGGAGGUAUUUGAGACAACGUUCUGUUGAAAGUGUAUCUUUAUACCACUGUAAAUGUAAGAGUGCUGUCUUUGAAGGAGAAAUACAGGACAAGCAAAGUCUUCUUGAAUCAGUGCCUAAUGAAAAUCGUGGUAAGAAGACAGAUAAAUUACGUCCUGCUUCUUCCAUAUCCCUCCCUUAACUUUAUGAUGGCUUUGCUAAGACAGACAGCAAUAAGCUUGACACAUGA